AUGGUCCAAGUUGGUGUAAUUACAUGUAUCCUACUGCUGGCUUCGUCAACGGUUGCUUCCGCAGGUGACAGAGGAGACGAUGGUAGUAAUAUGUUGGAAAGGGGUACAACGGGGAGCAGGACAAUCCGUGGGCUGGUGAAUUUGGUGGAAAGGGAUAAUCCAAGGUCGGCCGAGCAGACACAAACAAUCUCGGAAAGUGUCAUUCAAGGUUCAUCUACUCUCACGCGGAGGAAUAAUCCCGAGUCGAAGCCAUUUCCACAAAAGCGGCAAGUUGGAAAGGCAGAACCAAAAGAGCCCGCGGCGGCGGCUCCGGCAGCGGCGGCUCCUGCUCCGCCCAGCGACCCAGCACAGACAACCACAACAACACUGGGCCCUCUAGCAUCGUCAGUAAGCGUGUCGUUGACAAGCAGUGCCGCUUCGGCCCUCGCUUCAGUCUCGGCCAGUUUUCAGGGCCAAUUGUCGGCUCUGUCCUCGCAAUCUUCGGCCGACGUGGCAGCGGCGUCCGGUGCCGUAUCAGCGUCGGCCUCUUCAGCUCUGGCUUCCGCGUCAGCGUCGGCGUCCUCGGCGGUGGCCUCUGCAAACGCCGUCACGGAUGCCCUGAACGCAAGUGCCAGCAGUGCUAUAGCGGCGGCCAGUUCUAGCGCGGCUCUGAGCGCAAGCAGUGCCGUGGCCGCCGCGUCUUCCAGCGCCGCAGCGAGUGCCAUGAGCGCUGUGGUUGCGGUCCAGGCUAGUCUGUCUUCACAGGCCUCAGUCAUGAUGCCGUCCGCCACCAUGCCGACUGCUACUGCUGACGUGAGCAACAACCUUGUACAGCCCAAUUCUUCGGGAAGCACAGAUGAUUCGGGUGUUCUCGUAGUGACCCCAAGUCAAAUUGCUGCCAUAGUGAUUGGCACAAUCGUGGGAACAGCGAUAUUCACCUUGCUGGUGGUAUACGGGGUUAUGCUAUGCCGCCAGAAGCGAGAAAAAAAGUAUCUCGAAAAGUUGCGCAACGGCAACAAGGACAACGACCAAAUUGUUUUGCACGCCAUUGACCACGACGACGAGACGGGAAGGGCAGAGGGGUACUCGAGCCGAGACGAAAAGCAGCGGGCAAACUGGUCUGUCCAGUCGAGAGCAGCUGGGCCUGCAAUGUCCAGGGACGGGCCAAAGGGACCAUUGACAUCACAUCGCCCAAGCUUGCCCCCACUGCCAGAAGAAAGUCCUCGGGUAUCAGAUCAGUUCAACCUGUACCCUCCUGGAGAAGGUACCUCCCAUGGCCUCGACUUUCAUCCCAUGACCUAUGGGUCAGAACAGAUUGGUCCGGGAAUGCCAGAGGAGCCAGCGCCCGUCAAGUUAUCUCUAAUGAAACGACGAAGCAAAGGAGGAAGCCAGAGAAUCGCGGUAGCGCGGGUGGGAAGUACAAGUAGGCAAGGAGGCGAGAAUGCGCACAAGCCCCAAAGAAGCUUGAGCAGUGUGACUCCCUAUUUCUCGGCGCCAAUCUCACAGGUAUCCUCUCCAUUCCAGCGUCCGCCUCUAGACCGGACGCCUUCAUCCGACACUCUGCCACGCAGACGCAGCGACGUUGUCUCACCACUGGCACUCAACCCCUUGCCGAGCGCGACCACGGGCCCGCGCAGCACAUCGGGCUUCACGUGGGGAUCCUGGGGCCCCGAGACGACCUCGCAGCCUCCGCCCAUCCCCAGUUUGAACGUCCCGGCACAACCUGUGUAUCAACCUUAUUCGCCGUACGGAAAUCUGGCCACCAGGCAACAGUAUGUGCCCGACAAUGGCCAAGACAAUAUCAGUUUUCUCCUACAGCAACAAAGCUCGAGUUCCGAUCUCUCCCAGCGAGCAGCCCAACCAGGAGGCUAUGACGACUAUGCCGGAACUAGUAGUGGUCUCGGCAACGCCAACCAGAUAUCGAGCGACUACCUCUCAACGCCCCAACCGACACGGCCGUAUAACCACCUCUCUGGGAUCUCUGCAAACAGCCCCUACAGCUCCACAUUCGAGGUACCGCUGGCCUCGCCCGCCUUCAUGUCGCCGCUCUCGCCACCGCCCAAAUCGCCAUUGAGGACCGUGGUGCGACUGACAAAAUCGGACCGCGAGCUGAGGGACCAGCACAAUGUAUCGCCCGUGAGCAGUGACGGAGGCGGCGACGGCAGCGGCAGCAACAUGACCCACAAGGCCGCGGCGCCCCUGCCCCUCCGCAGACUAAGCCGCAGCUCAGGUGAGCUGGGCGCCGUAGGACUGGCGCAGGCAACGGCCGGUCUGGACUUGAACAUUGGACCGUCGGGCAUGGCGUUCAAUAUCGACCAAGUCGUAUUGGACCCGCCCAACGCCACCACCACGACACAACAAGCCGACAAUGCAACCGCCAGAACCACAACAACAUUAGGGAGCGACAGGCCGAGUCGGGCGUCGAGCCUCCGGUCGACAUAUACCAAUACGAAUCCCAACGGCGGGGGCCGGUUCACGUUUCUGUCAUCCAACGGGCACACGCCCGAGAGCAGCCGGCGGAGCCUGACGCCAACGAGUCCGUGGGGCGGACCCGCGGCGGCGGCGCCGCCCCAUCAUCUCCGGAAACGACGGAGCAGCAGUCUGGGCCGCAUCGAGAUUCCGCCCGAGCAGCUGACGGCCGGGGGCAUCUACGUCGGCGCGCCGGGUCCGCGCUUUACGCUGUUCCCCCGGACCGAUGGAGGCAAUAGCAGAGCCAUGCCACCUCCCGUGGUGGCGCCCCUGAGCCCGUCGGGCCUGAGCCAUGGCAAGAGUCGCAGCACGGGCAAUGCUGAUUAUGAGCAGAGGCAGGACGGCAGAGUGGGUUUCGGCCUCGUCAUCAGGUAA